AUGCUCUUCACAUCCGCUAUCCUCGCCGCGCUCACUGCCUCCACCACAGCUGCCAGCCUCCCAAAGCGCGAUGCAACCAUCACCGUCUACACCAACACCAAUUACGGCGGGGACUCGACCUCGCUCACUUACGUCAACGGAAAGUGCACCGACGCGGGCCAGUACAACGACAAGGUCAGCUCGGUGAAGACGUAUGGAGCUUCGUGCAAGCUGUUUGCGGAUUACGGAUGCCAGGGUGAUUCAUUCGCGAUUGAUGGGGAUACGCCUAGUUUGCAGGGAGUGUUCAAUGAUGAGAUGAGCUCGUUUACUUGCUACUAG